CGUCACUACGUCAACGCGUCAGGUUACGUACUCGGUGACUACCCGGCAGAAACAAAACAGCACGGAGAAAAUACUCGUAAACACGAAGUUCUAGUAUUUGCCAAACAAGUAAAAGAUGCUGUCUGCUGGAGAUAUGAAAAGCUGCCUUCGUAAACUGGAAGCGUUGCUGCGGAUGAUAAAGUACCAUAAAGAUGUCGAUUACUGUGGCCUUUCAAGAGGAGACCCCUCAGCAUUUUUACCAAUAGUGAGCUUUGCCCUCACCUCCUUUUCAUCCCUAUUGGCUGAGCAGCUGGUGGCAGCAGGACUCGAGCUGACUGGCAAGACUGACCUCCGUUUCACUGACACUCUUUAUAAGAUACUAAGGGAUAUGUUCCAGUAUAAACCCAUACUGUCCAAACAGCAGUUUCUUCAAUGGGGUUUCUCUCAACGAAAAGUCUCCGUUAUCUGUGACAUCAUUAACUUGGUCCUGGAGAGACACAACCAGCUGAAGAAGCUGUCACACAGGUCAGUGGUUGUGAGUCACAAACGAAAUUCCUCAACUUUUCCCACGAACUCCUCUCACAAUGAAGCAUUGUCCUCCCACGAUGACGUCUCCACCCCACAUAAUGAAGUCCACACCACCCUUUCUCUUGAAAAUGAGAUCAUAGAAGACCGAGGAGGGGAGAAGGAGGAGGAGGAGGAUGUUCCACAAUCCUCAAAGGUGGAAGAGAGGCUCACAGCAAUGGAAGCCCAACUAGAGAGCCUUGUUUGUGGGCUGGACAGGCUCACCGCACUGGAAACACGCUUGGAGAAACUUGAGAACUGUACACACAAGGAUAAGGAUGAGGGACAGUCCAUCACUAUAUCAAAGCACUGCUGGGACAACUUGCUGAGUAGAGUCCUGUUGCUGGAAACUAAGCUAGAAAUGAGCUCUAGACAGGUUAGCAUUGCACCGCAGAGUCUGUCUCCUGCCACCUCUGAGUCUUCCAUCUCCAGGUCUGAUGCUCCACAGGACAAUCUGAAGGACAAGCUGGAGAGGAUCACCAAUAUGAUGAAGAACACUUCCAGUCUGUUGAGGAACGCUGAACCCUUGAUGUGACUCCCAGAACAUCCAUUAGUUAUGGUUGCUGAUAAUUAUGUUGUUGUUUUUUUUUUUUGUUGUUGUUUUAAAUUAAAUAUUUUAUGAAAUAAACUUCCCCAAAAUUCUAAAUGUUGUGGUAACCAUUAUGGUUAACUGGAAAAAUGGCAUUUUUGCAUUGCUAGCAUUUGUCAGUAAAAUUAUCAAUACCUUUUAAUAAAAUUUCAACUCAG